AUAUUUCUUCAGUAUUGAAGCGGCCCCCUACGCCGCCACAUCGGUUUGCUAUUAAAAAUUAGUGUCGCGAAUAUAAAAUAUAAUCGUGCCGUAUUAUUUUUAAAAAAUCACGUGCAGCAUUAGAGUGAGCAAGACUGGUCUUAAUAAAGUGAUCGUGUGAAAUAUUUAUUACAUGAAGUUUUGUUAAAGAUGUCAGUAACGCCGUAGUUGUGCGGAGCGAUUAUCUCGCGGUAACUAAAGGCCAAUUUGUGGUAGAAGGGCGGGCGGCAGUCAGUCGCACGCGCGCUGUUUGGAGCGAUGUGGGGCAUUGUUCUGCUUCUGUACUUCGUUACAGGUAGUCGCCAGUUAUCUAUCACAGAAUUUACGAUACCAAGCUCAGUAGAAUCGGGUGAGGAUGCCCGUCUUAAUUGCAAAUAUGAACUGACUUCGGAUGAAUCGGAUAAAGCCCUCUUCGUGAAAUGGUGGUGGACGCCUCUGAAUAGUACCAGCGACGAGCGCAAUCAGCUUUACCAGAGAAUCGCCGGUCAUCCCGCCGUGGCUUUACAUAUCGACAUUAAAAUAGAAGAAAAUGAUUCCAUCCUACUUCUGAACGUUACUCCAGAAGACUCUGGUACUUAUGAAUGCGAAGUUUCAAACAUCGACGAGGUCCGCAAACAUGCUGAGCUUCUUGUAUUUACAAUGGGGAGUGGUCCGGACUUGAAUAUCACUCUAGUGGAUGACGGACCCGACGCUGACGAUGAGGACGAUGUCCUUGUAACUUGCGCGGCCACUGACGUGGCUCCGUAUCCUGACCUCGUCAUUAUCGCCAAUGGGGAGAUUCUUCCUACCCAAGAAUCUGUUUCGUCCAAUGGAAGUACAUACGAUAUAUUCGCCUCGACGGUACUAUCCAAAGACAAAGCGGAUGGCGUUGAUAUCAGCUGCGAACUGUACUAUAGAGAUGUCAACGUUACACAUUCGCCUUAUGUUGACACUCAGACUUUCUAUGUUGACCAAUCAGCGCUGUCCACGACGGAGGAUGCCGAGGACGACUUCACGACUGAAGCUACCUCAGAUCCAUUACAAUACACUAGUAAAGCCGAGCACGGAUCUGCCUUGAGUCUACUCCUAGUCAUAACUGCUUUUACUUUCGUUUUCUGGCUAUAAACUAAACUUUCUAUGUGAUACUUAUUAUUGUAAUGUAA